GGUCAGCUUACUGCCAGUGCUGUUGGUUCUAUUGUUGGUUUGCAGUCUGAAGAGAUCCAGCAGAUUGCAUUGCGUUAUGCAGACAAGCAACAGGAACUGAGUACGGAAGAGAGGCCUGAACGACUCAGUGGAGCCCAGCAGCACAAGAGAAUAGUUUUGUCGUUCAAGAAACAAAUAGCAUUACAAGAAAAGAAGUUUGAAGAGGUAAAGAAUAGCCAUGAAAAGCUGCAAGUAAGUUUCCAAGAAACUCAGACCAGAUUAAAAGAGAUACAAGAAACCUGUGAUAGACUUGAUUCUGAGAUGGCUGAGAUGGAAGCCAUUGAAACUGAAGAGAAGACUGGAGUCUUGCAAAGUUUACGAUCACUGGUUGCGAUGAAUGAGAAUUUGAAAAAACAAGAACAAGAGUUUCGAGCACACUGCAAGGAAGAACUCUCAAGGCUUCAUGAGAAGCUCAAUGAAGUGAAAGAAGAUGCAGUUGAAGACGACGAUGAUGAAAGAAGUCAAUUAAUAUCAAAACAAUACCAGGCAGAUAAAGAAAAGUUACAAAAGAUUAGAUUAUUAUUGGCACGUAAAAAUCGUGAAAUUUCAGUACUCCAGAGAAAGAUUGAUGAAGUACCACCACGGGCUGAGCUGAGCCAGUAUCAAAGACGAUUUGUUGAACUGUACCAGCAAGUUGGAUCAACACACACAGAAACCAAACAGUUUUACACGUUAUAUAACACACUGGAUGAUACAAAGCUGUAUCUACAGAAAGAAGUCAACCUCCUCAAUUCAAUCCAUGAUAACUUCACACAAGCUAUGGCAUCUGCAUCUGGAAAAGGUCAGUUCCUGAAACAGUUUGAACAGAUUGUAGAAGGAAUUAAAACCAAUAAGUCAAAGUACAAGUCAGUCAUGUGUGAAGUGUACCCUGAUAGAAGAGAGGAGCUUGAUAUUUAUGAGGCUGACAUUAUUGAAAUUGCUAACAGUUUUGGAGGUAGUAUAUUUCAUGAUUACCACAUACAGUUUGCUGCCUGGCUUCAACAGAGAAAUGUUAAAAUUGAUUGGUCCAUCCGUGACAAUGACAUUUUCUUAAGACUUGCAGCUGGUCGUAAAGCUAGUUCAU